UCCGGUGAUCAGGAACUCUCCUCUGCAUAUGCUGAUAUGACUUUCCGGUUCACCCGUUACAGGAACUGCGGCGCCAUUCUGGGCGGAGAUAUCAUCAGUUAUCUCUGCUGCUCUCUCUAAGUCGUCGGAGUGUAGGACCCUGCGGACGCCUCGCGGUGCUGGGCUCCGGUCAGGCAACGCGCAGUCAGCGGCUGCUCACCCCUCAUAUGCUCGUUGAGCGCCGUACCUGCCCGUGUAAUGGCGCUCAUGGAGAAGAAAAGCCCGGGUAAGGUAAUGUUGGACGACACGGUGCCGUUGGCGUGCGUGAUCGAAGCCAGCCAAAACCUUCAGUCACACACGGAAUAUAUCAUUCGUGUACAACGUGGAGUUUCAGCAGAGAACAGUUGGCAGAUUAUUAGAAGAUACAGUGACUUUGAUGUCCUGAAUACUAGUUUACAGAUCUCAGGCCUGAUCCUACCUCUACCUCCCAAAAAGUUAAUUGGAAAUAUGGAUCGAGAGUUCAUAGCAGAAAGGCAACGGGGACUUCAGAAUUACCUGAAUUUCAUCACAACACAGCAUAUGUUAUCCAACUGCGAGUUAGUUAAAAAAUUUCUGGAUCCUAUCAACUACUCUUCCAACUACACAGAAAUCGCCUUGCAACAGGUAUCAAUGUUCUUCCGUUCUGAACCUAAUUGGGAAGUGGUAGAACCAUUAAAGGAGAUAGGUUGGAGAUUAAGAAAACGACAUCUUUUAAUAAAAAGUAAGGAUCAGCCCAAAGAGCGACAAGUAUUAAGCUGGGCUGAUCUUGGUCCUGAUAUGUUUCUCUCUGAUAAAGACCUUCAGUCAGCAAUGAAGCUUUUACCUUCUUGGUCUCACCCAUACAUAUAUCCUGUCACAUUUGCCACAGCUAGCGAAUCUUCAGGACUUGUAAUUCGAAUGUACAAUGAGAAAGGAACACUGAGAGAUCAUAUCUGCAAGGCUAAACCAAAGGAUUGUUUUAUGAAGAAAUACUGCAGUCCAAAGAAAAGUCAAGGAUUUGACCUUCAGCAGAUAAAAACGUUUGGGAGACAAAUACUGGAGGUCUUGAAGUUUCUUCAUGAGAAAAGAAUUCCAUAUGGACAUCUUCACGCCUCAAAUGUGAUGCUUGAUGGUGAUACAUGUAAAUUAUUGGAUAUAGAAAACUCAUUGCUGGGAUUGCCCAGUUAUUAUAGACCUUAUUAUACACAGUCCAGGAAAAUAAAUACAAUGGAAGCUGUUGAUGUGUAUUCCUUUGGCCACUUAUUGUAUGAAAUGACUUAUGGGAAGCCACCUGAUUCAGUGCCAGUGGACAGCUUCCCCUCUGCUCCUUCCUCGGAUAUAGUAUCUGUGUUGCAGUCUAUCCUUUCUGCAGAAGCUUGGAAGACAAGUAUGCCAACAAUUGCCCAGCUGUUAGAAACACCAUUGUUUAUCGAUGUUGUGCUGCUUAAUACUGAGAAGCCCCAGCUUAAGAUACCUAGUAAGUUGAAAGAAGCUUUGAAAGCAGCAAAAGAGUGCAUGGAGAAAAGACUAAAUGAAGAGCAGAAGGCAAUUCAUCGGCAUAAAAGAUUGGCGAGAGCACAGUCUCACCACGGAUCGGAGGAAGAGAAGAAGAAGAGGAAAAUCUUGGCCAGGAAGCAAGCCAAGGCAACAAAAACUGCUUCAGUUGAGAAGUCAAAGCAGUCUGUAGCUGAGAAUGAAGUGGAUAACUCAACUAAAAGCAACAAUUCAAACAAUGCAAAUUCUGGCUCUGGCGCUAGUUCUCCUUUAACAUCACCAUCUUCGCCAACUCCUCUAUCAACUGGAGUUUCUUCAAUCCCUCCACCUCCAGCUCUUCCCCCAUCUCAAAAGUCUGAGAUCCAGCUUCCAUCAGAAUCCAUUUCUGCUGCCAAUGGUACAGCCAGAGGAGCCUUACUCAGCUCAAUUCAAAGCUUUAAAAAGGGGCACUUGAAGCCUACAACUACACGUGAUCGCAGCAUCCCCAUGAUCAAAUAAUACAUUAAUUACAUUGGAAUAGUAAACUAAAGUUGGUAAAAUAUGCCAGCUAUGUAUGUAUCUGGGGCAAGAGUUUUGAACUAAUGUACAGGACAAUCAUUCCUUUUAAAAGCAUUUGCUUUUAAUGAAUCUACAGUAUGUUGCAGCCAAUGUGUUUUCCUUAUGGGCAUACUUCACCCCCUAGUGGUCAUAGUUAUGUUUCUAAAGGUUUCUCUCAUUAAGCACUUGUCAGUGAACUUAACUGUGGAGCCAGUGAUCUGCAAUAAUUUAACAUUGAAAUAAUACAAAAAUGGCAGCAAUCUAAUUUGCAAUAAUGUAUCUUAAAAGAACUUGCUGUAGUUUGACUAUAAUCUCCUAAUCUUGAUUUUCUGAAGAAAGUGCACUUUAAAGAUUUGUUUUACUGUAUAAACAAAGAAACAGCCGUUUCUAUGCAGAAAAUUUUCAUAGUAUAUGUACAAAUUUCUUGUAAACAAUGACUAGAUAUUCAUUUAAUAUUUUAUUAAAAUAAUUGUCUUGGUAAUUCACCAUUCUCUGGUGUCUGUUGUGAAAAUGGAAAUUAGAGCACCUUUCUAAGUAGUUAAGGCUCAGAUAAAGUUAAAAUGGAUGGCAAGUUCAGGUGAUAGAAAUGCAUUAAUUUAACUUUCCAUUCUUAGCAGUGGCUCACUGAGAGAAGAAGUUGAGUCUUCCAAUAUGGAUCCAUUAUUUUAGAAAUAAAGGUAUUACUCAAAGGUAGUUUGUCAUUAAGAUUUGUAUUUCCACUAACUUCAACAGUCAAGAAACACAACCAUGCUCAGUCAUAUUUAGCUGUACUGUGGAUGAGAUUUACUUCAAGUUAACAAACUUAUCUACUAGUUUAAUUACACACUUCCAAUAGCCACAGUAAUUGUCUAGUUCUUCUGGUUCAAAUGGUUAUUCCUAAAAUGCAUCCUAAUCUGAGAUGCAAGGAAGAUAGAUAUUUUACAAAUAACCCUAAUUUACCUGGUGUCAUGCAGUGACAAGAGGUACUAGAGAAUCUUUCAGGUUUAUUCCUGUUGAUCGCAAAACAAAUCCAAUUUUAAUGUAACAAAUCAUACUUGAAAUGUAUUAACAUUUUACAUUAACUUUGCAGUUUUGUCCUGGUGCAGCCCACUUCCUAGAAUCUCAUUUUGAAUAUACAAACAACUUGGAAUUUGAAAUAGUUAAUACAUUGUAUUUAAAGAGCUUCACUGCCAUUUGAACUUGGCCUUGGCUCAGUGGUAGCUUUAACUGGCACAAGGUCUUGGUAUUGAGACCAUUAUCUAGGUACUUUUGUCCAUUACCAGACCAUUCCAAAAGGCACAUUCACCUCCAAUGAUCUUCCUCACUAAUAACUGGCUGCUUCUGUAACACAACUGUUCCAUGGACUAGUCAAACAACAAUUUGAAUCUCAUAUUAUAGCCAAAACACCAGACUUCACCACUGUCCCUGGGCAAGUCCCAUCUCACCAGAACACUGAUGAUGAAUAGCCAAAGUAACAAAUAUGAACCAUAAAUUUGCCCCUAUACUCAAACCUGAUCCACCAUUCAAUGAGAUCAUGGCCGAUCUGUUCUUGGGCACAGCUCCACUCAUGCUCAGUCCCCUUAAAUGAAAAAAAUCUAUUAGACUUGAAUAUACCUGAGAUAGAAAAUUCCAAAGAAUCACAACUUAAACUCUAUUUCUUAACUGGGUGACCAAUAGCCUUUCAGUACACCUUUGUAAUUUUUAGAUUUCCCCCACCAGAUGAAACACUCGCUCAGUAUUUACUCUCAACACCAUGGAAUGUGACGUGGAAUUUACUUCAUCAACAACCUACCAAAGUGAGAAUGUAUUUGCCACUCCACAGCACAGGACCAAUUACAGCACCUGCAUCCACUGGAUAAAUGACAGAUAUAGUCUCAGUUCAAAGACAACAACUCAAAUCCAGCUAGUUUCUGCCUCUUUCUUCAGUCUAUUUUAAAAGUGAUGAAAAAUGUUGUUAUGCUAUUAAGCAACAUGUAGUAAUAGUCUUCUCACCAAUACACUCUGGGUUCCACCAGGCUUCAGCCUUGGCCCAGAGAGAUGAAUCUCAGGCAUGAGGGGAGAAUGAUUGCCCUUUGACAGCAAGAUCGUUUUUGACAUCAAAGAGUCCUAAUAAAGGGCAAUCAUCUCAGCCCUGAAACAUGACUUACAGGAGGGCUGUAGGUCCAAUCUACCUCAGCUUCUUCAUCAGUGCGCUAUCAUCAGAGUAAGAAGUGGGGAUGCUGUUGGUUGCAGUGUUGAUUUCAAUUCACAGUUCUUCUACGCAGUUAAUUUCCCUCUUGCACCAAUGCCCAGGUUAACUAGCAGCUAAGAUACACAUCAGGAACGAGCUUACUAUAUGAAAUUCAACAGCAUUAACUUUGCUGUAUUCCCACCACCAUACCAAGGCUCAAACUGUCAAGAAGUUGACUGGACCAAACUCAAAUGCUGUAAUUACACGAGAAGGAUGAAGAAUGGUUAUUCUGUAGUGGGCGACUUACUUCCUGCAUCCACUUUCUGUAGCCUUUCAUCUACGAGACUUAAGUCAUCAGUGAGAUGUUAUUUCUCUUAUUUUUCUUAGAUGAAUACAGCUCAAUGUUACCAAGAUAAAACUUAAUCGGUACCACACCUACAAUUUCAAACAUUAAUCCCCUUUAUCAUAAGCAUGAUACUAACAAGGAUUCACUGCAGCAACUAGGCAAGGCUUAUUGGAUAGUUGCUGUGACUUAUCACCUCUUGCUUGGGCAUGCAGGUGCAUGAGAUGCUAUCAGAUCCAGCUUCUCCUUCAGUCACACAAUAUCUCGAAUUGGCAAUGAACUUACUGAGCCUUCAUGACCAUCAAGUCAUAGGAGAUUUACAAUGUUGUUGCCAGAACUGGAAAGCUUUAGCAAGGAAAGAUUGAAUAGAUUACAGCUGUUUGCUUUGGAACGAAGACUGAGAGGAGUUUAUCUGAGGCAUUCUAGAUUAUGAGGGGCCUAGAUAGGGUAAACAGGAAGGACCCAAUCCCCCAUAUGAUUGAGAGGAGGAAAAAUGCUUUCACCUGGAGGAUGGCAGGAGGCUGAACUCACCAACUAAAAAAAAAGGGUGGUAGAGGCAAAGAUCUUUAUCACAUUUCAAAAGUUGUUGCGAUUUGCUCUUAAGAGUAGUAACCUACAGGGAUCAAGUUUUGGAAGGUGGGAUUAGGCUAGGUAGAUUAUCUCCAAUCAUCCAUUUCUGAUGAACAAAAUGGCCACCUACUGCAGUUGUAAAGUUUCACUCCCAAUCCUUAUCUGACACCACUGUUAACUACUUUCAAAGCAUCUACUGCAAUGGUUCAAAAAGGCAGCUCACUAUCAAUUUCUCAAAGGGAAACACUAAACUUGUCCAUAUCCCACAAAAAGAGAAGUGGAAAUUGCCGUAGACACAAAUGAACUGCAAAAGGUAUGAGAAGCAAGUUGCUUGUGGUGGAUGGAAAAACAGCAUUAAGCAGGUACCGCAGUAAACAAGCAAUGGCUAACAUUUAAAGAGCAUUAAGAACAUAUUUGUUGUAAGAUAAGACAAAAAAAAAGGAAAACAAAAAGCAAGAAUGGCUAACACAAGAAAUUAAAGACAAUAAUGGAUCAAAGAAGUUUAUAAUGUUGCCAAACGAAUCUAAGGAUUGGGAGAUUUUCACAAUUCAAGAGGAUGAAGGUAUUGAUAAAGAAAAAGGAAAGCACAUUGAGAGUACCCUAACAAGAAGCAAACAAAAAAAAAAUUGCAAAAAUUGUAUAGAUACACAAAAAUGAAAACAGCAGCAAAAGGAGUUUCUUACUGACAACAACAAGAGAAAUUGUAUUGGGGGGGGGGGGGCGGGUGGGAAGGGGAAGAAAGAGGAAGAGACAAGUCAGAUGCAUCUACCUUUGUGAAAGAUGCAAGAAAACUUCCAGAAGUAAUGCAGAACAGGCCCACAAACAAAAUACCCGAAAGAAAAUGGCAUUGGUAAAGAAGUGCAUUUCAUACAACUAAAAGGACCCAAAGACCUCCCCCUCAAAAUUUUGAGGGAGGUGGCUUGAUGGGUGACUGAUGUAUUAGUUACCUUCCAAAAUUGCUGAUAUUUUAGAAUGGUUCUCAGACUGGAAUGUAGCAAAUCUAAUCCCAAUAAAAUUGAGGUAAAGACACCUUACAGUGGAACUUGCAGGGAAAUAUUGUAGUGUGCACCAAGGAUUGGUUAACAGACAGAACACAGAAUAAACACGUCAUUUUAUUGGGCUCAGAGAUUAUAACUGGUGGGGUAUCACAUCAGCUACAUCAAUGAUUUGGAUUAAGGGCUCAAGUAAAAUAUCAAGGUUUGUUGAUACAAAGCUGGGUGGCAGUCCAAGUUGCAAGGGGGAUGUAGAAUAGGUAAAGGUAUGGCAGACAGAAUAUGUGGAAAAGAAUAUCAUCCAUUUUAGUAAAAGAUUUUUUUUAAAAAAUGGUGAGAGAUUGAAAGAUAAAUGUUGAGAGUGCUGGGGUCUUGUACACAAAUCAUUGGAAGGCAGGAACAGCAAGCAAUUAGGAAGGCAAAUGGUACACUGGUCUUUAUUGGAAGAGAAUGUGGUUACAAGAGCAAAGAUGACACUACAAUUAUCUAGGCCCCAGUUUGUUCCUCACCAGAAACAUCAUGCACAGGUUCAGAUUUCUCUACUUAAGGAAUGAUAUACUUGUAAAGGAAGAGGAAGGAAUGCAACAAAGAUCAGUAAAUUGAUUCCUGGGAUUGGCAGGGGAAAUAGGUGGACUAGUUCCAAAGAGGAGAUACAAGCAGACUGGGACUCUGGAGUAUGGAAUAAUGAGGAGGGCAAUCUCAUUGAAACAGAAAAUUCUUACAGGGUUUGACAGGAUAAAUACAGAGAUUAUGUUCAACUUGGCUGGACUAUCUAGAAACAGGAGGCAGAGUCAAAAUGAGGGGUCUGCUGUACAGGAUUGAAAUUUCUUCACACAGGAUUGUGAAUCUUUGGGAUUCUUUUAAAGGAUUGUCAGAAUCAAGUUUAUUAUUGAUUUAAGUGUUGUGAAAUUUGUUAAUCUGCAGGAUAAGUACACUGCAAGGACAUGAAAUUACUAUAAAUUACAAAUAGUGCAAAAAAAAGGAAUAAUGAAGUAGUGUUCAUGGACGGUUCAGAAAUCUGAUGGUGGAGGGGAAGAAGCUGUUCUUCAGGCUCCUGUACUUCCUCCCUGAUGGUAUAAUGAGAAGAGGGAAUGUUCCAGAUGGUGAGGCCCAGUUAUAGUAUAUUCAAGAAAGAUUAACAAGUUUUUUUUAGUCACUGAGAAUUAAGAAAUGUGGGGUUAGUACAGGAAAAUAGCCCAUGGGAAAAUUAGACAUGAAAAAAUGCAGUGCAGCAUAUGCAAGGAGCUAAGUGUCCUACUCUUGCUUCGAUGUCUUAUGUUCUUUUGAUGUAUCCGUGGUAGUAAGGAUUUCCAUUUAGUGAAAGUGGUCAUGGUGCCAAUCAAAUUUGAUGUGUUACAACUCAAUAUAUAUAGAAAAAUCACAACACUGCUAUCAAGUAAUUCCACUCUUAAUCUUGAACCAGCUCAUAAUUCAAAGAAAAUUGAGGUUCUCUCUCAUACUAAAUUAGUAACUAAAUAAACAAGUAAUCCAACAGUUUUAAACAAAUUACGUCAAAUUUAAUUUACUAAAGUAUGAUGGAGACAGCUCAGUUUGCUUCUCUUGUAGGCAAAGUCAAAAUUCUAGACUGAAGUUUGAAUCUUGUUCUACCAAACAUGAGGAAUUGUGAUCAGUAAAAACAGUGUUCACAGUAACAUUAAAACUUGUAGUU